AGACUAGAUCGUCAGCAACGUAGACCUUCACCAGUUACUAUAGCUUGUCCUUCAUCAUCCGUCUUAUCAAUCCUUGCAACUAUCGUCGCCAGCUCACAAACAGUAGAUGGAAGCCCACUCCCGCAACCGACCCCACCUCCAUCUUUCCUAUGUCCGUUUAUGGAUACUUGCGUCCAUAACACAACACCCACAACAUCUUACAGCAGCACGAAAACCUCUUCCACAUCCUCCAUGACUACAACUACAUACGUUCAACAACAAGUGGCAGACAGAUACGUUCAGUCUAACGGCCGCUGGUACAAGACAAAUGCCUGGACUUUGUAUGGUUCAACAUUCUCUUCUUCGUCUCCCGACACAGAUGAUGUUUCACCAUCUACCUCGGCUCUUCCAACCGCUUCCACUUCCACCCAAAUAGACUCUGUCCUUCCUGCGGGUUGGUCUACAACAUCCCAAAGCGAUCACACCGACUCUAUGAUCAUCCUAUCACUAGCUAUAGUCUUGGCAGUCUCAAUUUGCCUCUUCAUUAUAAGCUGCACCGUUUGGAGAAAGAGACGGAAGAAAGUGUUGAACAGAGAAAAGAUUGAGAAAGACUUGGAACUGAAAGCUAGAAACAAGGUAAACCUGGAGGAUCUAUCAGAGGACGGUGAAAGGGAGGAUGAGGCUCGCGGAAAGAAUCGCUUGUGGGCGAGGGCAAGCGCUCGGUGGAAGGCUAGCAUACGACAUUCUGCUCGUCGACGCAGGCGACGGCAUGGCUUGUCUACCAGAAGUCGACCACAAUCUCCCAUAUUAUUGGAUCAUCGCGAAGCGUCUGCCCACUCCUCCCCAGUCUCAUCCCCGCGACAUUCAAUAGCAUCUAUCUCUGAAAACAUUGACCACCACGCUGCUCCUAUUGAGAAUUCUCUUGCCCCCGCACGACCACCUUUUACAUCACCCGACCCAUCUAGCUCAUGUAACGUUUCGUCUCCCCCUGCUUACAUAUUUCCCACACUGCAUGCGCGUCCUGAGAUUGAAGGUCGUCCUCAGGAGGCAUCGCACGUACCUUCGGGUGAUCCUACAUCACGCCGAGGAUCACUCCUCUUCGGUCAUGACUUUCCACCCGCGGACCAUGACGACAUUCCUUACCGUCCCAGUACUGGGCACGUCGCCAUUGAUGAUAAGACUCAUCUCGCCCGUAUGGCGGAGUUGGCUAGCGCGCCUCCCGUAAUUCAGGAUAACACUCACGGGAGACCUUCGAUACAUGAGUCUGCCCCAGAAUGGCAUGAUGAUUUUGAAACCCACCCUACCGAACUAGCCACUGUCGCACCCUCCGAGGCUUCUCUAUUCGAGGUUGGGAACUCGGGUUUCCCAAAACCGCCCUCGAAAAGUGGUUUGUCACCUGGAUACUUUGAUGGGCACAGUUAUCUACAGGAUAUCACCGCAUUAGAUCCUAACACAUUGCCUUCUAUGCCCCCAUACGAGGCUCAGCCCAACGCCAUUCCCUUUGAGGACACUCUGACGGCUUCGGCUCCUCCAAUACCGGAGGAUGACCAAGCCUUUGACCGUUGGGAAGGCAGUGCUCACGAAGCGCCU